AUGACCGCAGAACAUGAUGACGGGAUUAAAUGGAUUUUUACAUGGCCAGGAUUCGAUGAACAUCCAAGAGAAAGAAAUCUCGAGAGUAACACUGGCAAAGAUGUAGUGGAGGGCUGUAGUGUUUGGGCUUUAGAGAAUGAAUCUGGGAUCGGGGUUGAGCUUGGGAAGCUUGGGAUGUAUCUUACGACGGAAGAGAAGGUGAAGGUGACGAAGGAGCUGGGCGUAGUCUUCUACCCAGACCCGAGAGACUGCCCACCACUUACAGACCUGAAUCCUGCGCGCAAUGUUUCUUCCAAGGCGCCUAUUGAGCAGACUAUAAAUGGUUAG